GUUGAUCAAGCGCGUAUUGUAAAAAAUGUUUUUCAUUCUCUGACAUUCUUAAUGCGUGGAACAUUAUUUGACGCUAUCAAAAAAAAACCGCAAAAUGUGGCUAUGAAAGCAAAUGUUCGUUGAUUGCAAAUGAAUUGGAUUCAAUUAUGCAGCCAGAAUAGAAUUAUAACUAAUUAUUGUUAGAUUUGUGGACGUCGGAGUCUGACGAAUGGUUCUGAAUGAAGUAUGACCAGUGGCGGCGUCAGACAUUGAUUUUUGAUGGAGCAACACUUGAACGCAAGAACGCUGUAUUUGAGAAGUACAUAUUGCUUGCAACGAGUGGUGCCUACCUCUGGUUCCGCCAUAUAGAAUCGAACAAUGGCCAAAGAGAAGGAACAACCGCUCGAACUGAGCUCCGUAAGCGCAUCGAAAGCCGAACCGCCAAAGCAAACCACCAGCACUGCGUCCGGAGGUGAAUCGACGAGUCUGCUGAUGCGUAGCCACAGCGAAACUGAGAUCGACGGUGGCCGACGAAGCCGCGGGCAGCAAACCCAAACCUACGAUAUUCACAAAGGGAUCGCCGAGAGUGCCAUGGACAUAUCCCUGCUCACGGCCAAUGCCAACCAGCUACGUCUGCUGAUAACCUACAAUGGGCGCUCGAAGACCUACAUCGCGUGCAUAACGUUGGUGAUCGUUUCGUUAGUGUUGCAGGUGCUGGUAGCAAGUGGGGUUAUCAUAAUUAAGAGUCAACCGAAAUCCAAACGAAGUCAGCAAAUUGAACGAUUGAAGAUUGCCACCUCAAUUGGCGUGACAGUCAUAACGGUCAUCAACAUAUUGGUGGCAUCUUUGGUGGUAACGGAUGGACCUGCAGUGACUGGAGCAUCUUAGUUAAUCAGUUUUAGAACAACAUGUGAUAUACCUUGGUACAGUGGAGUAGUUUAAGGACGAAUAAAACAAUUUUAUUGUUAUCGAUUCGAAUCGGUUCAUCCCCAUUGAGCACAGUAUUCUUUGUGAAUUCACUUCCGAGGCGGAAAUUGAAGA